AUGAUUCAAACUUUAUCACACUUGUUUAAUUUAAGCCAAAAAUUAAUAAAAUUAAGAUCAAAUAAGAAGCAAAAAAGAAAGAAGAUGGAGGAAGAACUAAACGAAAAAUAUUAAAGCCAAUAUGCUUUAGAUACUUCUUAUGAAGUUAUUGAUAUCUCAAAUAAUAAGACACAAUAAGUAAAAAAUUUCGAAAUUACCAAAAACAAAUUUGAUACUAAAAUGGAUAUUGAAAAUCAGAAGACACAAUAACCAGAUUUUACAGAGAAAUAAAAUGGUCUUUCAGUUAAAUAUCAAGAAAGCAAUCUCUACAAUAACUAUGGUUUGCCAUAAGCUAAAUAGGUUUAAUUGAAUAUGGAAUAGACUCUUUAUUAAAAAGAAUAAUAACCAAUUUAAAGCGCAUCCAAUCAAUAAAAUUUAAAUAUUAAAACUACAGCAGUUAUUGAAAAUAAGUUUUUAGAGUAGUAAAAUAUAUUGAACUAAAAUACUAUUUUAGAUACUGUAACUAAAUUAGAUGGAGAUUAAAACAAAAAUAAAGAAAAAACUAAUACUAAUAUUGAAAAAAAAAGCGAAAAUGAGUAAUUACUAAAUAAAUUAGCUUAGAAUAAAGAUUAUUCAUAAAUAAAUUAUGGAAUUUUUAAAAAUUAUAAUUAUAUAAAUUAUUAAACAGAUUAAAAAUUAGAUUAGUUUUACUCCUAAAAUUAACAAAAAUAAUAGGAAUAUACAUAUUCUGAAAAAUAAAAAGAGUAAUAUUUGAAUGCAUAAGAAAUAAAGUUCUAAGAUUUUAAAAAUCAAAAUAUUUAUGAUGAUAAAUAACCACCAUAAGCAAUCGAAUAAUUAGAAUAGCUAGUUAAAGAAUAAUAGGUCUUCAGCGAUUAAGGAAAAAGCUAAACUAAUUAAGGCAACAUUUUUACAAAAAUAUUUAAUAAAAAAAGCGAUUUUCCUAAUUAAUUAUAUAAUCCAACUAUUAUUAAUAAAUGCAACCCAUUGAAUACAAAUAUCAAAAAUAAAAUAUAAAAUCCCAAUUUAUCAAUUAAAAUCGAAGAUAUUAUUAAAUAUGCUCCUCUUAAACAAUUUAGCAUUUCUAUAAAACAAACUAUAUACAACAAACUAAUCUAAAGUUUGAGUGAUGAAGAUAAAAAAUAAGAAUUGCAUAUUUUAAGAUGUGUAAAAGAUAUUGAUCUUCCUAAGAAUAAAUUAUGUGAAGAAUUAUUAAAAACUGAAUUAAAAUAAUAGUAAGAUACUUUCUCUUAUUUUAAACCUCCCCAUGAUGAAUGUCAUUGGUAUUUAAACUUUGCAGACAAUAAGCUGUUCGGUUUUUAUACAUCAGCCCUCUAUGCUUAAGAUGAGUUACAAUGCACAGAAAUGCCUAUGCUUGCACAUGUGAAAGAAUACUUGGAAACCUAAAGAUCUGUUCCUAAUCUAAAACCUAGAACUUAGGAAAAAGAUGAGCCAACACCUGUCUUAAUAGUAAAUGUUCCUCGUAUUGGAACUAUUGACAUUAAUCCUGAUUAAAAAUACAGACAAGGUCUUUAUGGAAACAAUUUUAGAUAGCUCAAAGAAUAGGAUUUACCUUAAAAAUUAACAAUAUUUGAGAAAGAAAAUUUAGUUUACACAAAUAUAAUAGCCAUGUCAGCUAUCGGGUAUGGAAACGGGUAAUAUACUAAAGAUUAAAUAAUAUUUACACUGUAUACAGCUUACAAAGCUUUCAGAUAAGCUUUAGAAAUCACUAAUUUAUACUAUCCUAAUUAAAAGUGUGUUAUUCAUACAGGAAAUUGGGGAUGUGGAGCUUUUGGCAAUAAUUACCAAUUGAUUGCAAUUUUGCAAAUUUUAGCAGCAAAUCUAGCAGGAGUAGAUAAAAUGUAUUAUCACACUUUCAGUUAACAUGGAACUGAUUAAUUUAAUAUAGGAUAAGCAAUUUAUUACUAGAUAAUAUAAAAUUUAGCUUCUAAUAAAGGUGAAGUAAAAAUAAGUAAAAUUAUUGAAGAAAUAUAAAAAAAAAAAUUUGUUUGGGGUUAAUCAGAUGGAAAUUGA